AUGGAUUUUCAAAAGUUGAAGCAAUUAUUAGUUGAUGAUGGAUCAUCAUCUUCAUCUAGCAGCAAGAAGAAGGUGGAUGGUGUGAGAGGUCCAAACAAGCAGCUUGAUUUGAAUUUGUUGCCAGAAGAUUCAGAAGAAGAACGAGAUGAUGGUGAUGGUGAUGAUGAAUUUUACAUUGAAAUAUUUGGAAGUGUUGGAACCCCUCAAGCUGCUCUGAAUCAAACUGACAAUGAAGUGGAUGCAAAUUCAAAUUCAAAUGGAUUUGUUCUUCCUCCAUUUCCUGCUUCUGGGGACAACAAUGAUGCUUCCAUGUUCAACAACACCACAGCUUCGUCAACAACAAAAAUGGUUACACCGUCCCAUCCUUUUGAUGACAAGAGGAGAGCUCACCAUAAUGACGGUUCUUCGACCAGUUCUGGCACCCCGAGGAGCUUACGCCCUCGCCGGGCACCGGAGGCAAACUGUGAUCGGCGAAUUUGUACAAAUUACAAUUGCCGGACAAGAAACACUCCCAUGUGGCGUAGGGGGCCCCUAGGUCCAAAGACCCUAUGCAAUGCCUGCGGUAUUCAGUACAAGAAGCAAGUUUCAAGCAGAGGAAGCGAUCUGUUGUGA